AUGUUGCAGGAAGAAUUAUCGGGACCUGAGGGCCCCACGACGUUGCCCUGGGUCAAAUACCCCAUCCUCGUCAGGGAUCGCUACCGCAACUUUAGACGCUGGCUCCGAAAAGACAAGACCAUCGUGGCCUGCGUCGAAGACCUCAUAGAGCCACCGCCUGCUUAUCAAGCCGUACGAAGAGAGCCUCCGGCUGACGGCGAGCUGUAUACCUUACAAUACGAACUCUCUUACUACCACAGCCAGAUAUUCGUCGAGGAUGGGUUAGAGAGAGAACUACUCUACGCCGACAUUGAGUAUCUACACCGGUGGAUCGAACAGCUGGAAUAUCUCACCUAUUGGAAAUUGGCCACAACAAUACCCGCGAGGUAUCGACAUGAACCCAUCAAAGACCUAUAA